AUGCCCAGCAAGAGGGUAAUUUCUCCAAGUAUCGGCGUAUUGACAAAGAAGAAGAAAAUUCUGAAUAUUUUGAAUGGACUGGCCGUCACGGAUGAAGCUAGUUUGACUGAGAUCAAGAAGGAAGCAAAGACAGAGGAGGCCCGCAAAAAUUGUAACGCUGAUGACACGUCUAUCAAGCUGGGGGAUAGCAUAGAUACUGCACGCGUCAAGGUCGAAGUUGAGUCAGAGCUCUCGCCAAAUAUUUUCCCAAAAGUUGAUCCAGGCGAUAGUCUCAAAGGUCCUGCGAAUUGGGCCAAAAUAUAUAACGAGAUUGUUGAAAUGAGGGCUAAAUUUUUCGCUCCUGUUGAUAGUCAAGGAUGUGAAAGUAUGCCGAAUACGAUCACUCCCGGUUUGAAACUAAGUGAUCCAAAGAAGUACCGGUUUCAAUUACUAAUUUCUCUAAUGUUAAGCUCACAGACAAAAGACGAGGUUAACUACGACGCAAUGAUCAACUUGAAUACUGGACUUGGAAAGAAACAUGCUCAAGGGUUUUGUCUCGAGGCUAUGUCACAGUUAUCAGAAACUGAAAUUGAUUCAUAUAUAUGUAAAGUCGGAUUUCAUAACAGAAAAGCUCAGUACAUUGCAAGGACAUGUCAGAUAUUGAAAUCUGAGUUCAAUGGAGAUAUACCAAACAAUAUUGAGGAUAUUGUUAGAUUGCCCGGUGUUGGUCCCAAAAUGGGAUACCUUUUGCUACAGGCAGGUUGGGGUAUCAAUAGUGGAAUAGGUGUUGACGUGCACCUACAUCGACUAGCAUCCUUAUGGCAUUGGGUAUCACCAAAGGCAACAACACCGGAAAAAUGUCGCAUAGAAUUAGAGAGUUGGCUUCCACAAAACUAUUGGAGUGAUAUUAACCCCUUAAUUGUUGGAUUUGGUCAGGUUAUUUGUGUACCAAGAGCCAGCAAUUGUGACAUUUGUGCACUAGGACGAAAAAAACUCUGUUCGGCAGCUAAUAAAAAGUUACUAAAGGGACCAGUUAGUGAGGACCGUAAAUCCAAGUUAAUGAAGCAAAGAGCAGACUUGACAAAUCUAAUCAACGAAUAUUUAUAA